AUGGUCCACUACGCAUAUGUAAAAAACAUCAAUGACAACUCGACCUAUCGAUAUGUGAUCACCUUCGCCGACUACGCAAUUGCCGAUGAGUGGUGGCGUGCCGUGUCCACUUCCUCCGUCGUUAGUUUCUCGGACAGUGUUCGGCGUGUCAACUCCCAAUUCUACACCCAUGACGUGCGGCAGGCCAACGCCGCUAACUCUCUCACCACGACUGGGGUUGCGACUCAAUUCCUUGGAAAGGUGUUUUUCACAUUGAUGAACGACCUAGGUGGUCGCGGCUUGAGCAUCAUCCCGUCGUCGUCUGGUUGCAUGGACAACAUUAGCGGGAAGUCUUUUUUCAUUCGCUCUAAGGCCUCUCCUUACGAGUACUGGUACUGUCCCCUAUCGUCUAACGGCAACACGCCAAACUCGGUCUAUGUUUCACGCACCGAACGCACUCGCUUCCGUGUUAGUAUCUCUGACAAGGACAGUGCAGGGAUGGUCAUGAUUGGCUCUGAUGAUAUCGUUAUCACAUUGACCACCGUUGAUCUGUCCGUUCACGUCACAGACAACAGUCAAGUGAUGCUUUCAAAUGCUCCUAGGUUGGGAUUAAAGUUUAGUGACCUUUUGAACAAAUUCGCCGUGGGGCCUACCUUGUGUAUGGAUAAUCAGAGCUCGGACAUGAGGCAGCUCUUUUACGCCGAUGACGGGGAAGAGUGGGAACUCGCUUGA